UCCUCUGCUGCUACUGCGCCGAGAGGCAAGAAUCUCCUGUCGCGAGAGGAUUUCCAGGGUCUGGAGCGAGUGACGAGCCUCCUGGAAUCCGGCAAUGCGGGUGAAGCGAGGCGCGUCUUCGAUCACCAGGCAUCACCAUCGGUGCGAGGAAGAAGAAGAUCGAGAUCUUCCCUCGGUAGCCUUGCUCCAUUGCAUGCUCCACGAGGGAAUCCGGCCCAACGCCACGACGCUGGUGACCAUCCUCAAGGAAUGCAGUACCGAGGGCAGCAAGAAGAGGGGGCUGUGGAUUGCCAGCGCAGGAAAGCUGAUCGAAUCUUUCGUUCGCGACGGUGGCUUUGACAUUGAAGAUCGCAUUGGCACCAGUUUGGUAAAUAUGUAUCGCAUCUGCGGCAGGCUGGAAGACGCUCGCAGGAUCUUCCGCGAGUUCCACUCGCCGAGCAACGUCGUGACAUGGACUGGGAUCAUCACAGCAAAUGCCGAGAGCGGGCAUUUUUCCGAGGCCAUCGAUCUCUUCCACCGGACGCAGCUCGAAGGUGUGUUGCUCGACAAGACGAGCUUUCUUGCUGUUGUGAAUGCGUGUGCUGAUUGUGGGAACUUGGUGGCUGGCAGGUUGGCUCAGAGGCUCGUCAGAGAGGCCGGGCUUGAGGCCGACGUUGUUCUUGGCAACACGCUCGUCAACAUGUAUGGGCUGUGCCACAGCGUGGACGAGGCUUGCAGCGUCUUCGACUCGAUCCAGGAGAGGACCUCCGUGAGUUGGAACGUUAUGCUCUCGGCUCACGCGAGGCAGGGGAACUUCCAAAUGUCGCUCAUCGUCUUCCGGCUGAUGCAACUCGAUGGAUUCAAGCCCGAGGCCAUCACUUUCCUGGCCGUGCUUGAGUCGUGUGCCGCGGUGGGAUCGCUUGAGACGGGGAAGCUCGUCCAUUCCAACAUCCAGGAACAGAUUGGGGAGCUGGAUCCGCAAGUUGGCGAUGCGGUCGUCAACAUGUAUGGGAAGUGUGGAGCGGUGGAAGAAGCUGCCAGAGUUUUCGACGAGCAGGGACACAGGAGGAGUGUGGUGUCGUGGAACUCGAUGAUCGCCGCGUUCUUCCUCAAUGUGUUGCUCGAGGAAGCAUUCCGGUGUUUUCGGACGAUGCAACUCGAAGGUUUCCAUCCCAACUUUGCGACGUUUGUCAACCUUCUUCACGGGUGUACCGAUCUAGAAGCUCUUGCGGAGGGUGAUGCUGUCUACGGGAUGGUCGCCGAGACGGAGUUCCAUUCCGAGCCUGGGAUAGAGAUCGCCCUCGUCAACAUGUACUCGAGCUGCGGGGAACUUGAUGCUGCUUAUCAGAUCUUGCAAGGCCGAGACGACGUGUCUCUACCAUGGAGCAGUUUUCUUCGUGCAACUGCGAGAUAUGGCUAUUCGAAUGAGACUCUUGCAGUUCUUCGACGGAUUCAGCUCAACGGGAUCUUUCCAAACACCACUGCUCUCGUCUCUGGUCUCAGUGCCUGCGUUGCUCCAGGGUUCCUAAGAAGCGGUACCGGGAUUCAUGAGCUGGUUCUUGAGGCUGGAAUACAGCACCACUUGGUCGUCGCCACAGCACUCUUCGUCAUGUAUGGGAAGUGCAAGAGCUUGGACCAUGCUCGGCUCUUGUUCGACGGAAUGGUACAGCGAGACUCAGUUGCCUGGAACGCGAUCAUGUCACUCUACUCCAGUUAUGGCCGCCACGAAGGAGUCAUCGAGCUUUUUAGGAGCAUGCUGCAAGAGGGUGUGAGAUUCAACAGGGCCAGCUUCUGCAUCGUUCUCUCGUCUCUGGUCUACCCGGCAAUGCUACUGAUCGGGGAGAGUGUCCACUCCAUGGCCAUCCAGAAAAACUACGACGAGGACGACGUUGUAGCUGGUGCUUUGGUGACCAUGUAUGCCAGGCUUGGCAAGCUUGAGAAAGCUAGGGAAAUCUUCGACCGGGUGAGCGCGAAAGAGCCGAGCACAGCUCUCUGGACAGCCAUGAUCUCGGCCUGCGUCGAGCACAGAGAGUUUGCCGACGCGCAGCUCCUAUUUCGACGCAUGCAGCUGGAAGGUGUGCUCCCGGACAGCUUCACCCUGGCUUGCGCUGCCGCCGUAGUAAACUCGCUGGAGAUGACGCUGCUUAACGCCGCUGCUCGUCAGAGAAGCCUGGACAACAACGUCAGGCUUUGCAACGCUCUUGUCGAAGCCUACGGGAGCAAGGGAGAGCUCGACAAAGCGCUCGAUAUGUUCGAGAGCACGGAAGAGAAGACUCAAACAAGCUGGAGCCUGGUGAUUACGGCGGCCGCGGAAAAUGCAAGACACCACCAGGGACUAGCUCUCUAUCACCAGAUGCUGCUCGAAGGUUACCGACCGGACAAAGUCUCGCUGCUGGCAGCUCUGGGAGUUUGCUCCAGCCUCGCCUCUCUCAAGUCGGGACGGAGGAUCCACGAACAGGUCGUGGAAGCCGGGCUCGAGCCGGACGAAGUCGUGGCCAGCGCCCUGGUGGACAUGUAUGGGAAGUGUGGAGGCUUGGAGGCUUCACGAGCAGUGUUCCAGAGGUCCGAGAAGCAGGAUCCCGUGCUUUGGAACUCGCUGCUAGCGGUGGAAGCUCGAUGUGGAGGGGACACAAUGAGACUCUUCCACUGGAUGCAGCAAGAUGGUUUGAGGUCCGACGGUGCUUCGUUCGUCAGCCUUCUCGCGGCGUGCAGCCAUGCUGGGGUGGAAGACAAGGCCUGGGACUACUUCGCAGCGAUGAAGUGGGAUUUUGGUGUGGUGCCUGCUUCGGAGCACUUUGGUUGCAUGGUCGAUCUGCUGGCGAGAACCGGGAAGCUUGAAGCUGCGGAGGAGCUGAUCUUCAAGUCGAGGCUGAGGCUGGAUUCGAGGCUGUGGAUCACGCUGCUGGCGGCUUGUAACGCGAACGGGGACGUGAGCAGGGUGGAGCGAGCAGGGAUGAACGCUCUGGUUUUGGAUCCACAAAACUCUGGGCUCUAUGUGACACUUGGGAACAUGUUUGCGGCGGCAGGGAGGGAGCAAGAUGCUCGAAACAUGAGAGCGGCCUUGGAUGAGUUGCGAGCUUUGUCCAGCAAAGACAAAGAAACUUAGAAGCUUGUACCAUUGUUUUUACAAUCAAAGACAGAGGUCUCUGACUUGAUCUUUCGUUAAUUCCCACACUCUUUCCAAAUGACCAUUGUGUCCCAAAAUCUAUGACUUCCAGCGAUGCGGAGGAAUUCCGUCACGGCUUCCACUGCCAGAAGCUGCGUGGAGAUCGAUGAUGACUUUAAUGCCACUACUCCUGUAAAAUAAAUAAAACCAGUUUAGAAAAGCAAAGGAGGGAAAUCAUUUUCUUACUCUGCC